AGUCUUUGUUCAUGUUUCUAUUAUCAUACGGUGUCUGAUGCUUUCUGACAGCAUUGACAGAAAGGAAGGGAUUUCUGUUGGUCAGUGGUCAGUGUCUAUAUGCAUUCCCCCUGACUUUCCGACCCAGACGAGAAGAAAGAUCUCCUUAUUUCUUAUUCCAUAACGGUGGCAGUUGCCCACAACUACGUGAAGUCCUGUUUUCUGCACCUUCCCCUUUUUCCUCAGCGGCCAUGUAAGAGGAUAGCAGGAGGGAACCUCACUUUGCUGCCACAUCCUUUGAAAAGUAUGUUUGCUGUGGUUCUAGCAAAAUAAUGAGGAAGCUGGAAUGGGGUGCGUGAUUCCCCUGUGAGUAUUAACUGUAUAUGGGAGCCUCUGUACCGUAAUGUUUCUCUUUUAAGAUAAUUUGGUUGUCACAAGCCGACUUGUGUGUAAGUGGCCGUGGGGGCUCAGGACUGCAGCUGAACUGGUGUAGGUGGGUGACUUCAGGGGUGGCUUCCAGAGGUCGAUUACUGUUGAUAGAGACAUUGCUCUAGAGUGCCCUGGCCACGGUUACUUUAGUGUUGCUCCUGCUGAGACCUCUCCCAACAGCGGCUCUCAAAGUUCUGAUUGCUUGUGGUGAAGAACAGGCUGAGCUUGGGUUCUUUGGCCCUCAGAGGUACUGUCUACCCAAGUCUGUGUCUUUUCUGACAUCUUUGGUCUUUCCAUCUUGACUGAUUUUCUUCCCUCUGCCUUCAAAUAAUCGACAUCAUCACCAAUGAAUGCUAAAUACAGAUACCUUUCAACAACUGUUGACUGACUGUUGGCUGCUUUUUUUUUUUUUUUAGGCUUUUAUUUAUUUUCACCUUUUAGCCCAACUUCUCAAAUAGUUGAUCUGCAGCUGCUGCUUUUCCUUGCUUAUUACUUAUUCUUUCCCAAUUUGAAAUAUCUUGUCUGCUCCUACCAGUCUUCUCUAGCAGCUUUCUUCUGGAGUCAACCAUGACUUCCACGUAAAUAUACUCAGAUCUGUUUUUAAUGCUUCUUUUCUCUGGAGGCAUUUGAAGCAGAACACUUUUUUGGGGAUGAGAUGGGAGGACAUUAACUUUUUCAUAUCCUCAUUUCUCAAAGCUACCUAAUAAUUGGGAGUUUUCUGCAUAUGUGUUUGUAGAUAGUACUUUUGUUAAAAUUGAAUUUUGUUGUCUUUAAUAGAUAAUUUACAUUUGUUUUGCCCUACAAUAGCUGGGGUGAAGGCUGAGCUCCUGUAGCAAAGAGAUGUUCAUAUGCAGUGGCCUAGAUAAGCUGGACAAUUAUUCAUCUCCCAGUCAACAGGCUGACCAGUCUGAGCCGGUUGGGCAGCUGUCCACCAUGAGGUCAUUCAGGGUCCCAGGAUCAGCCAUCCCCUAGGCUGCUGUCUAAUGUGAAGGUCUAGGUCCCUGCUACAUCUGCUUCUAGCUACUCUUUGGUUGGGAAGUUAACCUCUUGCCCUAAACAUCUUAUUGAGCAAAGGCCUUGAGUGGAGAGUCAGUACUGAGUGUGGGGUUUAUUUCUCUGUGCUUCCUAGGAUCUUGGAUUCCCAAUUCCUGGUCACCUUGCCGGCCCCAAACACUGUUCUUUGUCUCCCGGGUUCUGUGAGAUCUCCUGAAAUUCCACUGGCAUCCCUCCCUGUUGUCUUCCCUUUGCCCUCUCGGCCUCUUUACCCCAAUAGUCAGCAAAAGCCUGGAAUUCUUGGUUGCCUUGACAACUCUCUGAUGACCUCUCGUGUGUGUGUGUGUGUGUGUGUGUGUGUAUAAUUUGCUUUUCUAGUUCUCAGAAGCAGAGGUAGGCUAUAAGCUACUUACAGUUGGAGGCAGAAGUAUCCAUGUACUUUUCAGACAGUUCAGUGUAACUGAAGUGAUCAUUGUUAGCAUGUCACUUUAAAUGAUCGAUUUAGGGAUUCUGCCUCUUAAGAAAUCCAGCACUGAGGUCUCAUGAUCUUUUAAACAACCCCUUGAAAAAGGCAGGUUCUGUUUAACAAAAUUUUUUUUUUUUAAUGUUUCUUUAUUUUUGAGAGAGAGACCGAACGUGAGCGGGGGAGGAACAGAGAGAGAGGGAGACACAGAAUCCGAAGCAGGCUCCAGGCUGUGAGUUGUCAACACAGAGCCGGACGCGGGGCUUGAGCUCAUGUACUACAAGAUCAUAACUUGAGCCGAAGUCUAACGCUUAACUGAGUCACCCAGUCGCCCCUAGACAGGUGAUUUUUAUUCACCAAAUGAUUCUUUAUUCUUGUUUUAAAGAAAGCCAAAGAGAGAGAAUGCCCUCUGCCUAGAAUCAACUACUAUGAAUAAUAGUUUUCAUUGUUUAGGAUUUUACAGUUUGUGGAAUAUUUUUUUUACCUGCCAUUUUCAUCCCACAAAUACUGCUUACCUUUUACAUCCCUGUUUUACGGAUGAGGGAACCAAGGAACACAUUAAAUGCUUAAAAUCACAAGCAGAUUAUUGACAGGACUAAUUAAAAUUAGGUUCCCAGACUGCUAGUCCUAUCCAAUAUAUUAACAUGACCCCAAGUCAACUUUGUAUAUACAUCAUGGUAUAUAAUGUAUUUCUUAGAAGAUCUACCCACAGUCCACUAGUUUUAUUUACCUUAAUAAUAUUGCUCUAUUUUGUUACCUAUCGUAACUUCUUUUUAAGGGCAUUUUCAGUGCCUGGGGAAAUGUAUACGUGCUCCAAAGUGCAGCCAGGCGUAUACAUGUGCAGGUGCACAGGGAACAUGCACCCUCAGCCUUCCUAUGUAGUCUGAGCAGGAAGGAAUUGAAACUUGAUGCCUGUGCCCAGAGCACAUUCUCUAACAUUCUGGCGUGGUUGUGUGAUUCUAAAAAUGAUGUUCACACCCGGGCAGGUGACCUAAACAGUCCGUGGCCUCUGCGUCACAGGACAUUACAGCUGUGAAGUUUUACAUAACUCUUGGCAUUGAGGUUCAAAAAUGGAUCACUUUGCUCACAUAGUCUUCACGGACCUGUCCGAGUGGUUUAUAUUCGCCUACUGGCUCUAGCUCUAGUCGUGAGACACGCGCAUGGAAUAUUCCUGCUUUUCUUCAGCCCCCUUGUUUACAGGCAUUCCAGCCUCCUUUCUGUAUACCCAGAGGCUCCCAAAGCCGCAGCUGUCAGGAUUCUAAUCCCUUCCACAAGGACUCGCUGCCAGUGUAUACAGUAGCAAACUGCGUGCUUCUGGGCUCGCCUUUCAUGCACCCUCAGUGGUCUCUCCAGCAAAACAAAAGUUGUGGAUGAUACUUUUUAAACUUCUAGAAACUCAGCCCACCCGUUUAGUUUUCAAGAAAUGAUCAAGAAAACGUCAAUAUAUAGCCAUCCAUUAGUUCAUCACUUAAUGGAUCCAGCAGCUCAAAAAGAGAAGAGAGAUGAUGACAGCAAGAAAGUGGUUGCAGAGAUCAUGGCAAGAUGUUUUGUUCCAAGUUUAAUAACAACCACCUCCUGGGAGGGAUUUCAUUUUGUUGGUCAUGAGAUUCGAAUUACCGAAGCCAUGGAUUCUUACGGUGCUGUUGUUUGGCCAUCGGCCCUUGUUCUAUGCUAUUUUCUGGAAACAAAUGUAAAGCACUAUAAUAUGGUUGACAAAAAUGUGAUUGAAAUUGGAGCUGGAACAGGGCUGGUCUCCAUUGUGGCAAGUUUACUUGGUGCACAUGUGACUGCCACAGAUUUACCUGAAUUACUUGGAAACCUGCAAUAUAAUAUUUCCCGAAACACCAAAAUGAAAUGUAAGCAUUUGCCUCAGGUUAAAGAACUCUCCUGGGGUGUAGCUUUAGAUGAGAACUUCCCCAGAUCUUCCAACAAUUUUGACUACAUCCUGGCAGCUGAUGUUGUCUACGCUCAUCCUUUCCUGGAAGAACUCCUCAUUACCUUUGACCAUCUGUGCAAAGAAACUACCGUCAUCCUCUGGGUCAUGAAAUUCAGGUUGGAGAAAGAAAAUAAAUUUGUAGAUAGAUUUAAGGAGUUAUUUGACCUGGAGGAGAUUUCCAGUUUCCCCAGCCUGAAUAUUAAGUUGUAUAAAGCUGUGAAGAAAAGCCGGAGGAGUGCAAGGAAAGGAAAGGUGGUUUCCAGAAGAGUGUUCCUUUAAAGAAGACCCUGGAUGAUCUGAUGUAGCAGUGACUUUCCCAAGUCACUUGCCUCAUAAACUUGCCUCACCCCAGACAGGAAUUUUCCCACAUAUAGCACCUGAGUCUAGAAGAUGGCUAAGCCGUACCGUGUGGUCAUUGGUUAGGACAGAGUUGACUUUUCUUAUCCCUCAAUAGCACCAUUUAUUAUUAUUAUCAUUUUAUUAAAUGGUACUAUUGUUUGUAAUGUGUAAUUGUAGGAUAAUUUUUAAUAUCUCUAAAAUGAACAUUGCUAUUGCUUUAGACAUGAGCUUAUCUGAUUCUCUCUUUAGAAAUAAAGAAAUGGAUUACAAUGGGAUCUGCAAGUAAAUCUGAAAAGGCAGAUACAUAAUAUAAUGGUAACUAGGAGAUUAAUUUUGUGGUUUUCCUUAGUGCCACCUUAUAGGUGGUCAAUGGUCUCUGCUUGGCAGGGUAGGCCUCGAGCACAACCUCUGAAAUCAAUCAUGCAUGUGGAGCUGAGGUCACAGGCAAGGACAUUUCAUUCUAGUAAAUGAAAAAUGACUAGAGGCAAACAUUAACACAGUUGAGAUUUUGGAGAAGUAAUUGUUUAAUUUUCAAGCCAUGUACAGUUAUGUUGUAUCACAGAGAGAGAAAUAAAUAUAAAAACUUUGGGUUGAAAAUACACAUGAAAAGAUUUGGGCUCCUAAACUCAAAUCACCAGAUACAGGGCUGGUUUUAAAGUUUAAAGCUUUUCUGAUGCACAUAUAUAGACCUGGAUACCUGAAAUCCUACGUGAUUUUCUUCACACAGACCUUAGAGAUUAGAACAAAGACCGCUGUAAUUAAAGUCAGUGCAAGGAGGGUAAAAAACGAGGAUUCUGUACCAGUGGUUCAGACUCCAUUGGUUGGUGGUUAUCACUUUUGUGAUGUUCCUCAGGCUGGUACUUCUUCUCCUAAGCCCAGCCCUGUGCUUUGCUGGAAGUUGUCAGCCACUCAGGGUCCAGCAGAGCUGACAGAAGGACUUCCUAGGGUCCUGAUGUGUAAGAAGGAGGCUGAUGUACUCCCAGUGGGUUUUUGGCUGUGCAGCCCACAGGGCUGUCUCCCAGGGACUCCUGACAUUUAUGUGGUCUUUUCUGGUUUUCACAGUCCAUUACUACAUAAAGUUGUGUGAUCCUCACAACUUUUCUAGGAAGUCUAGGGACUAUCAUUAUCCCUGCCUCACAUGCAGCCUUGCUGGGGCUGUGAGGGUGGUCACCUGCCCCAAGCACACAGCUCCAGAGGGUGGGCCUCAGACCCAGCUUGUCUGAGAAGAGAGCCUGUGUUCUUUAAGUUUAUUUAUUUAUUUUGAGACAGAGAGUGAGAGAGAGUGAGUGAGCAUGCGUACAUGAGCAGGGGAGGGGUAGAGAGAGAGGGAGAGAGAGAAUCCCAAGCAGACUCUGCACUGUCAGCACAGAGCCUGACGGGGGGGUCGAUCUCACAAGCUGUGAGAUCAUGAUCUGAGCCGAAGUCAAGAGUCUAGACGCUUAACCAACUGAGUCACCCAGGUGCCCCUAGGGCCUGUGUUCUUCACAACUGCACUGCUUUUAUGUAUUUAGAACAGCAAUUUUCAAGCUCCUUUGUAAAUGGGUGAAGUCAUCUCUUCAAAAUGGGAUCAGUCCCCAGAAAGGUAAGCAAAGACAUUAGGAGAAUGAGAACCGCCCUUCCUUAUAUUUUUCCUCGUUUCUUGCCUUAACUGGGUGGUUCGUGCAGGUGCAUUUGGAAGGUGACAUUUAAGCAAAGCAGGAAGGAGGUGAGGGAAGAAGCGGUGCAUAUAUCCAGGGAAGUGUGUUCUACGCAGAAGGGGCAGCCAGGCCAGGACCUUAAGACAGGAGCAUGCCAGUCCUUGAGCAGAAACAGCGAAGGCCAGUGUGCUUUGGAGCAGGGCGAGGGGGGACGCUGGUUAGUCAGAGGGGCUGAGGGGGCCAGGUCACGUCUGAUCAUCACUGCAGGCUGGCUUCUUCAGAGCAGACUCUGAGGUGGUGUCUUGUUCACCAGUUCUUGAUCAGGGGAUGCUUGUUGAUAUCUAGAUUUGUGGAAAGGGGUGGGACAGAAGGUGGAGCUGCAGUGCAGGCCUGGCCCCAUGGGGCCCUGAACUGAGAAUGGCCUGAGUGGCCCUGUGUUGGGCCUUGAUGACCCCACAUCACUCAGUCACUGGAUGCACGCUGCCCUGGGAAGGCUCUGUGACCUCGUGUGAGGUGACUCUUCGGCAUCCCCCAGGAUGCUGACAGCUGAGGUCCAUCUACUGCAGCACUUCGAGCAGCCAGGUAAGAAGUUUUCCGGAAGGGGACUUGGGCAACACAUCACAGUGUGCACCACUGCCUCUAGGGCCACUGAAAGCACUUGGGCUUUUUUCCAGUGAAGUGUAGAAUCGAUGGAUGAUUGCAGUAGAGGGAGACAGCAUCAGUCCGGGUGAGGACCACGCUGGCUGCCGUUUGGAGAAUACUGUGAAGUGGCCAAGGGACCAGUUAGGAGGUUGUGGCAGCCGUCCAGGUAACCAGGAGGGCAGAGCCCGCAGCAGGAAUGAGCCCUAGAGGUGGUGAGAAGUGGUCAUUUGUAGAAGCAUUUGGAAGCCGGAGCCAACAGACAUUCCCUCCGUGCAAAGGAGUCAAAGGUGAUUCUAAAGUGUUUGAGCCCAGCUAUUCGAUGUAACGUUAGAGUCCUCAGCUUAGAGAUGGUUUGUAAAGCUCGUUCAUGGAGCAAGAGGAAAGAGAAGAAGGCAGGGAUGGAGCCCCGAGGCUGGCCAACAUGAGGAGCACACAUAGGUGUGUUUGGGAUUUAUUUGAGCUCGUGCCCCUCCCCCACAAGUUACGAUAGUAUCUGUUGACUCUUGAAACCACAGCAGUUUCAAACGGGUCAGCGGAGUUCCAAAUCUCCUCACAGCUGACUUGCGAGCUUCUAGGACGGUUUUAGCUGUGGUGGCAGGAAUCCAGGGCUAACAUGUGAAUACAAUGGCUCCUCUGCUAAAUGUUUGACUAUCACUACCCAGCUAUUUUUAGGUAGAAUAGAUAAAGUGUCCUUCUUUUCCAAGACCGAGUUAGGACCAAGCCAGCCAUAUGGUUCUUCUUUUCCUAAGUGUCAGUCUGUCAAAUGCAAUGUUCUAUAGCCAUUGUUUUAUUCUGUUUAUAGCAUUCACUUGCAAAUUUUAACACCCACCCACACACACUGUGUGCGUGUCUACUUUUAUCUUUUUGCUUUAGGUUCUCCACACUUGUCUAGAUUCAGUUUCAUAAUAAUUUGGUUUCAAAAGACGUCAUUUGAGGAAGUCUUUUCUAUCUUACAAGUUUAUUUUAUGGCUAGGAGUUGAUUUGUUAACUUUAGUCCAAGGUAGUUUAUGAAUUUUGCCUUUACUCCACUUUUUCUGUGUGUGUGUGUGUGUGUGUGUGUGUGUGUUUUUGACAAGUUAAACUAUGCUACUGAAAACCUAGUCCAAUUCUUGCAGUGACUUUCCAGAUUUCUAAUAGAAUAAACACACUGUCAAGGUUUUAAUAGAGGGUUAUCACAGAAUAGUUGUUGCUUCACAGCAGAUGUACCAACUUGCUAGUGAUUCUCUGCAGCUUAAAAUUUAUGGGGGCACCUGGGGGGCUCAGUCGGUUGAGUUUUUGACUUCGGCUUAGGUCCUAGAUCUCGCCGUUCAUGAGUUCAAGCCCCACGUCAGGCUCUGUGCUGAGAGCUCAGAACCUGGAGCUUGCUUUGUAGUCUGUGUCUCCCUCUCUCUCUGCCCCUCCCCCACUCACACUCUGUCUCUGUCUCUC